UUGGUUCUGUGAUGUGAUUUUGUCAUUCUAAGUCAUCUCUUCAAAACGAUCGGUUGGUACGACAGCACGCGCUGGUGAUUUUAUACAGUUUAAAACCAGAAGACAAAAAGCUGUGUAACAACACUAUAUAUAUGUAUAUAUAAUAUAUAUAUGCCGUAUCAUCAAAGUAAACAAUAAAAAUACAACGAGUUCAAAAACAUACGUCAAGGCUGAAAAGACGGAGACGAAUAUUCAUUUGUUGUGAGUGUUAUUUUUAGUCAUACAAAUAUGAUAAGACAUAGCUUCAUAGUGUUCUUAUGUGGUAUUGCACUAACCCAAGCAACGGUAUUGAAGCGUAUUGUGCCACCAGCAACGCAAGCACCAAUCGUUUUGCCCACUAUUCCAAGCGGCAUCUUUUUACCAGAGUCGCAGAUCUUGGCAGCGGCACCAGCCGUUGGUUAUGAUGAUUUCGAUGACUAUGUGCCAUAUAAAAGUGAUACGAUAGAUCACUUUUCGUGGUCACUGCUGAAGCUGGUGUUGAAUGAAGAGCCGAGCAACGUCAUCAUAUCGCCCUUCUCGGUCAAACUGUCAUUGGCGCUGUUAGCUGAAGCUGCUGGAAACGGUUCGCGGACGCAGCAAGAACUCUAUAGUUCACUAACGGACAUCAGGCAACCGGAUAAUUUGCGUGGCUUCUACAGAAAAACACUGAACGUGCUUAAGAAGCAAAAUCCGUAUUUUACAUUGAAUCUGGAGUCGAAACUUUUCACAGAUGUUGCUAUUGAACCGCAACAACGUUACGCCGCCAUGCUGCAUAGCUACUAUCAGACAGACAUUGAGCGUUUGGAUUUUACGAAAGGUAGCGAUUCGGCAUAUGUGAUCAACAGUUGGUGCAACAAUGUUACGCAUGGUCGCUUGACGCAACUCGUCAAUGAGGGCAAUGUACAGAAUAAUAUUUUGCUUAUGGCAAAUGUGCUGUACUUCAAUGGUCUAUGGCGUACACCAUUCAACAACACUUUCGAAGGUGUUUUCUUCAAUACACCAAAGAGACAAAUGCGCGCCGACUUUAUGGAACUGACCGAUUUCUUCUAUUACUAUAACGAUGUCACAUUAGAUGCGAAAAUCUUGCGAUUACCCUAUAAGGGAAAGAAGUUCUCCAUGUUUAUUUUGUUGCCGAAGACAAUGGGUAACAUCGAUGUGCUAACACAGAAUUUGGCCAAUGACAAAUUGAAACGUAUGCAAUGGGAUAUGGAGGCCGUCAAGGUGAAGGUAACAAUGCCUAAAUUCAGAUUUAAUUUUGACAAGAACUUGAAACCGACACUGCAAGAUUUGGGCAUCAAAGACAUUUUCACGACUGAGGCUUCGUUGCCGGGUUUGGACCGCGGUACGGCGGUUGCUGGCUUAUUAAAGGUGUCGAAUAUAUUCCAAAAAAGUGGUAUUGAAGUGAAUGAGAAAGGCACCGAAGCGUUUGCUUCAACGGUCAUAGAGAUUGACAACAAAUUCGGCGGUACACCGCUCAUCGAAGAGUUCAACGUCAAUCAGCCGUUUAUUUUCUUCAUUGAAGAAGAAACUACUGGCAAUAUAAUUUUCGCUGGUAAAGUACUGGAGCCGAGAGUUUGAAAGGGGUGAUAUUUAUAUAUGUGUGUAGCCUAUGCAUAUUACAAGGAAAUAAUUUGAAAUCACAAAACGUGAGUGGCAUAUAAUGGACGAAAAAAAUUAAUAAUCAUACAACGAGCCAUAUUAUUAAGAAAUUAUUUUUAAUUUUGCGUUAAAAAUACCUAUAUGUGUACUUAUUCAUAUAAGUAAGUCAUGUGUGCAAUCACUUCAUCAGCCGACUAAUUUGUAAAAUUUGAAAUAUUUUAUUUAAAAUAUUUUUACUCAAUUUGUGAUAAGUUCAUAAUAAAAUAAAUAAUAUAAAAAUUAAAAGUAAAGAAAUAA